AUGACGGUUUCUGCUAUCAGACAACUGGCUGCCGCCGCCAUCGUGGCACAAUUCUUCGGCCUGACUUCUGCUGCCGCACUUCCUCUCCAUGCCAGAGAUGGCGCGGAGCCCAACCUGCCGCACGCCUCCGACACCACCUCUUACUGCUCGUGGUGGGCUGACUAUGACGGAUCUCAGACUUGUCAAGAGGUUCUCGACUUUAACUGGAUUGACAUGAAGGCUUUCCGUCGCUGGAACCCUUCCGUUGGCUCAGACUGCUCUGGUCUCAAGUCCGGCAACAGCUACUGCGUUGAGGCUUACAACGAACCCACACCCCCUCCCGAGGAGGAGGAGACGACUACUACCACCGUCGCCUCUACUACCAGCAAGGCCGUCGUCACCACUGCUCCUCCUACCACCACAAAGGCCCCGGUCAUCACGACCACCACCUCUGCUGGCAACGGAGUUGAGACCCCCGAUCCGGUUCAGGGUGGCUUGGUCAAGAACUGCAACAAAUUUCACUUUGUUGAGUCUGGUGACUCGUGCUCUGCUAUUGCUCAGAAGUAUGGUCUCACCGUGGCCCAGUUCGCCUCGUUCAACGGCCUCAACAGCGGAUGCACCAACCUCUGGGGCGACACUUAUGCCUGUGUUGGUCUAAUCGGUGGAAACCCCUCCACGACCUCCGCUCCGGUCAAGACCACCACUGCUCCCAGCAACGGCGUUCAGACUCCCGAGCCUGUUCAUAACGGUAUUGUCAGCAACUGCAACAAGUUCUACAUGGUUGCGGAUGGCGAUUCCUGUGCUUCCAUUGCCAAGAAGAACAGCAUCCGCACCGCCGACGUUGUUUCCUGGAACGGCUUGAACAGCGGAUGUACUAAUCUUUGGCUUGACACUUACGCCUGUGUUGGUCUCGUCGGCGGCUCUCCGACCGUCCCUCAGACGACGACCACCACCAAGGCCGGCAAUGGUGUCCAAACCCCUGAGCCCGUUCACACCGGCAUCGUCAGCAACUGCAACAAGUUCUACAUGGUCAAGAGCGGUGACUCUUGCGCCUCGAUCGCCAAGCAGAACAACAUCCGCAACGCCGAUGUCGUCUCCUGGAACGGACUGAACAGCGGCUGCACCAACCUCUGGCUCGACACCUACGCCUGCAUCGGCAUCAUCGGCGGCUCCCCGACCGUGCCUCAGACGACCACAACUACCAAGGCCGGCAACGGCAUCCAGACCCCUCAGCCCACGCAGCCUGGCAUUGCCAGCAACUGUGACAAGUUCCACCUCGUCGGCGACGGCGACUCGUGCGCCAAGAUCGCCAGCGCAAACGGCAUCAGCGUCGCCCAGUUCGCCCAGUGGAACACCCUCAACAGCGGCUGCUCCAACCUCUGGGGCAGCGUCUACGCCUGCGUCCACGUUGUCGGCUUCACCCCGACCCCGACCAACCCGGGCAACGGCAUCCAGACGCCCCAGCCCACCCAGGGAAGCCUCGUUGCCAACUGCAAGAAGUUUGAGUUCGUCAAGUCGGGCGACACUUGCGAUGUUGUCGCCAAGCGCGUGGGUAUCACCGUUAAGCAGAUGACCACGUGGAACCCGUCCAUCGGCAGCGACUGCACCAAGCUCUGGGCCAACGCGUACGCCUGUGUCGGCGUUUGA